AAUCUCCAAAGGUCGGUGGGAGGCGAAAAACCAUGGCUUGCCCAAGGACGCGGAGAUGAGGUCUUCAAUACUAUGCCCCCUUCCGGUUCCGGGAGAAAAUAAAAGGCCCGGGGAGUCCGGUACGGACGAGCCUCAAAGGAAGACUAAGCGGACAAAAAGGGCCGCCCGCAAACCAAAAAGCCAAAUCGUCUUGUCCUCCGAGGAAGAGGAUGACAAAGAGGAUGACGAUGAGGAGCAGCCGGAGCUCGUCCGCCACCGGUCCAUUCGACCGGACCCUGAGCCGGUGGUCCAUCCAGUUGAGGCUCCUCCCGAGGACGUGAGGGUUGAGGAUGCUAGUGAACCCUCGGCCCCUGCGCGGGCAUCCCCGGGUACCGAUCACCCGGUUACGUCCCCCCCAUCUUCCUCGACUUGGGGGCAGCUGCCGGACGACAUCCCGAUGAUGGGAGGUAGCUUCGAGACCUUUUUUGAUGGGGUACCCUCCGCCAACACUUUCGGGCUCGAAAUCCCCCGGAAAGACCUUCAGGCCGAAUCAAGUGGGACUUCGGCCAUCAACAAGCUUGUUGAUAGGUUUCCGGCUCCGAGCCUGGACCCGGACUGUAACAGGAUAGUAACUUUUGCUAUCCCCAAAGACGUCCGGGCUCUGGGACCCCCGGAGAAUGUUAGCCUUAAGUGGUGGGGAAGUCAUACAGAUAACUGCCCUUUGGCUUCUUGUCCAACUGCUGAAGGUAUUAUGGUUGAUGGAUGCCCAAUUUUUUAA